AUGGGCUUUCACAGGCCCCUGCCGGGGGUUCUGGGGAGUCCGCGCUGCUCCUCGUCUCCGUCCCCCCGCAGAGCCACCCGGCCAACUUCAGGUCGCAAACAAAAACCUGUUGGCUCGGUCUCCUCGGGAAGGGCCGGCCUCUCCCGAAGCCUCGGUUCCGGGGGCGCCGCCCCGAGGGGAGAGAGGGGAGGGGUCCUGGGAGCGGCCGGUCGCCGCGCGGGCCGGGCGGGGUCUCCGCCAUCCCACGCGGAACAAAAGGCAGCUGGAGCCCGGCUCUGCCGCCCCCGUCCCCGCUGUGCUGCGGGGGGACGGCGGAGAGGGGGAACCUGGUCCCCGGGGAUGGGAGGGGGACGGAGAGGAAAGGGGUCCCGCUCCAGCUCGAAGGGGAGGGGGCGGGCCGGUCCCGGACGGGGACGAGGUCCCCCCACCCCCACUCCUGGAGGGAACCGGGCUGCCCUACCUCGGGGCGGGGGGCGAGCGGGCGGCUCCGAGGAGAGGGGAGCCCGCCCCGGGCUGGGGGGUCCGGGCCGAAAGGCUGGGGGCGAGGCCCGGAGGGGGCUGUGGAGCCUGGGGCGGGGGUGUGAGGAGCCCCGGACUCCGGGGCUGCAAAGGGAGGGGCACCCUGCGGGGAAGCCGGGGGUCCCCGCGGCCGAGGGGGCUCCAGACGGGGACGGGCUCGCUCCGGCCCGGGGGAAACAGGGGGUCCCCGCCCGGGGCGGAGGGGUCCGGUCGGGGAGGGCGGGGGUCGUCCGCGCCCUGGGGCCCCCCGCCCGCGGGCCCCCGGCUCACCUCCGCGCCUCCAGCCGGCCCGGUGCGCGGCUGCGGCCGCCGGUGGCGCUGAGGAGCGCGAGGGCACCCGAGCCGCCGCCGCCGCCGCGCCUGGCUCCGUCUGACACCCACACGCAGCCAACAUGGCGGCCGGGAGGGGGCGCGCCGGGUGCGUGCGCGCGCCCGCGGGCCCGCCCCGCGACCCCGGCCCCCGCCCCGCCCCGCCCCCGGCCCGGCCGCCGCGCGCGCCCCGCCCGGGACACGCCCGCCCGGCCCCGCAGCCCGCGCGCGCCCGGGGACCCCCGCGGCCUUCCACCGCCCGCCUCCCGUCAGCACCCCGCAGACUCCGGGACCCUCGCCGGGGACCCGCCCCCGCCAUGCACACCCCGGCAAAUCGCCCAGCACCUGCGCCCGCCCGGCCCUCCCGUGCACUCCCGCUCCCGGCCGCCUUCGCCCACGCCCUCCCCUGCGAGUUCCCGCGCACCCCACCCUCCCGUCCUGGCGUGUUCCCGCAACUGCACGGCGCCCGGCCCCUCACGCCCGCGCCCAGAAACUCGGCCUCCGCCCUCCAGCCCCGAGACGCGGGCUCCCGCCCUGGCGCGGGGCGAUGCGCCUUUGACCACAGUCGCCUGA